AUAUAGUGAAUGCAGGGUCCGGGGAGACCGGAUAUAGUGAGUGCAGGGUCCUGCGAGACCGGAUAUAGUGAGUGCAGGGUCCGGGGAGACCAGAUAUAGGGAAUGCAGGGUCCGGGGAGACCGGAUAUAGUGACUGCAGGGUCCGGGGAGACCAGAUAUAGGGAAUGCAGGGUCCGGGGGAGACCGGAUAUAGUGAAUGCAGGGUCCGGGGAGACCGGAUAUAGUGAAUGCAGGGUCCUGGGAGACCGGAUAUAGUGAAUGCAGGGUCCUGGGAGACCGGAUAUAGUGAAUGCAGGGGUCCGGGAGACCAGAUAUAGGGAAUGCAGGGUCCGGGGAGACCGGAUAUAGUGAAUGCAGGGUCCGGGGGG